UUUAUGGCAUUUGCUGCAAUUUUUAAAAAAUCCGUAGCUUUUUGAAUGUUUCUUUCAAUUAGUUGUUAAUAAGUGAUCAUUCAGCGUUCUCUUCUUUGUGCUGGUCUCUUCGCAAGCUCAGAUUGCCUUCCGCAACCCGUUCUACGGCCGCUACUACGCAGUUGCGAAACCAACGAUCACGUCGGUUUACUCUGAAUUGACCGCUCCAGCACUGACAGCAGCUCCAAGUGCAUUGCUUGCUGCUCCUCCAGCCCGAGUGUCCACUCCAGUGCUGGCCGCCUCCCCAACCUCCAUACUCCGACGCUUUCUUGGAUCUUCAGCUAUAACACCAGUGGCGCGAUCUGUGCUAGCCACUGCUCCAGCGUUUGCUUCUGCUCCUCUAAUAGAGGCAUCUCCAAUUAUUUCAACACCUGUCGUAGCGGCAUCUACUCCAGUGCUUGCAGCAGCGCCUGCUCCAGUGCUUGCAGCAGCACCUGGCCCGGUGGUAGCAGCAGCCCCUACUUCAGUGCUUGCGGCAGCACCUGGUUCGGUGGUCGCAGCAGCUCCUGCUCCAGUUCUUACAGCAGCAGCUAGUCCUGUGGUUGCAACAGCCUCUGCUCCAGUGCUUGCAGCAGCACCAGGUCCGGUGGUCGCUGCGGCCCCUACUCCAAUGUUCACGGCAGCACCUGGUCCUGUGGUUGCGGCAGCCCCUGCUCCAGUGCUUGCAGCUGCACCUAUGCUACAACAUCCUAUGCCCGCUUACGCUCCAUUAACCCGCACUGCAUACUUCAUAGGAAGUAAGAAGAACUAA